UUAAGAAUCUGAAGAAUGUGCCUUCAAGUUGAAGCCUUAAAGCUUGAUGAUUCACUACUUUCUAAGAGCAAUAACAUAUCAAACCUAAGAACCAAGUACCAAUAUUAUUUUAGAAAAGCUUCAGUGUUGUUCAUUUCAAUUACUCUAUUUUCCUUCCUUCUUUCCUACUUCACUGGCAUCUCCUUCCUCUACUCUUACACUUAUUAUUCCUCCAAGUUUCUCUUGCCAUAUCUCACCCAAACUUUUGAGAGGAAGUACAUGUUUCUUCUCUGCAACGGAAUCCUCGUCUUCCUCGCAGGCAGAUCAGGUUUGCACAAAGCUUCCUGCAAUUUGCCUUCAGAAUUACAGACGAAGGUGGCUGAAACUGAUAUUCACAUCCGCGAAAAGAUCAUGAAUGUUGAAGAAGACCUUAUGUUGCAUCCUGCAGAAUCUUUUCAUCCUCUAUCUGAAGAAGAAGCAGAAAUUUCCAUUGGAGACGAAUUGCUUAAAAUACAAGCAGAAGCAGCAGCAGCAACAGUGGCGGAAAAUGAGCCAGUUCUGAUUGAAGCAGAUCAUCAAGUGGUAGACUUAGUAGAAGAUGGAGCCCAGCUGGAUGAAGGAAUUGAAAUGGAGAACAAGGAAGAAAGUGGGUCGAAUAUUUUAGAAGGAGAAGAGGAUGAUACAGAGAGUGAAGGACCUGCAAGCAAUACAGAAGAGCUAAAUAAGAAGAUUGAAGAAUUCAUUAGAAAGAUGAAGGAAGAACUUCAGCUUGAAGCUCAACAACAGCAAAUCAUUGCUGCAUAACUAGUCUACUUUUCCCAACCUUUUCCAGUUCACCAUGAAUGCACACUACAGGUGCAAGUAUAUUAAGCUUUUCACCAACCACCUUCCUCCCCCUCCACCAAAAAAAAAAAAACUUUUUCUUCAAACUAGCAUUAGUAAUGGAAGUUACCGAGUCAUUAGUCAUUUGUCUUGUUAAUACAUUUUUCAUUUUUGUUUUUUUUCCCCUUCCUCUUUAAGGUCUAGAAGUUUCAAGGGAAAAAAAGAUAUUCAAAUCACUCCUUUUUAGAUCAAGAAGAAUGAUGUUUCCUCCAUUUCUCCUUUAUUAGUUGCAAAGUUUAGAAUGCUCAACUUCGAUCAAUUAUAACUUUAGUUAUCAACAUCAAGUAUAUAUUGUACACUGAGUCAAAUUUAACAAGACAUUACACAACAAUAUUUUACCCUACAUAUAAAUCACCAAAGAUAUUGCAAGACAAAGUAUUGUUAUAAAAAUAAACAAAGUAAUACAAAGUACUCCAUACUCAGCUCGUACUAGUUAAUGGCAAAAUAAUUAAACGUCUAUUCCUAACAUCUCGUGUUACCAUCCUUGUUUAAUCACCCAAAUUGAUGACAUAAUCCUCAUAUUAUAGCCCAUGUACUGUGCAACUUUUCAGAAAUUAUGCAUGAUAAUAGUCCUUUAAUUUGCCUAGUUAGUACAUGACUCUCUUUUUGUCAGCACUAGGAGUUUUAAGGGGAAAGAAGAGUCAAAUCCAGUAAGAGAAAGAGUACUACUAGAGGGUGGGAGACCAUUGAUGUCUAGUCCUCAAAGUUUUCUGCUACUUUUACUUUUUUUCUUUUUGUUUUAUUUCCUAUAAUGAGUUUAUCAGUUAAUCACCCAUUCAAUCAUUCCCAUGUACUGAACUGUGCUACUUUAUCACAUAUUAUGCAUAAUAAUGGGGGCAUAAUAUCUUUACCUGUAAUUUACUGUGUAGAAAACACUAGAAACGAAUCAACCAAGAAAAGCCAAAUCAAACUGUUAGCAGCAAAGUGAUACUGUAUCCAACCAAUUGACUACACGUGUUAAAAUUCAAUCACAGAAGAUCUUGAUUCAAAGUGUAAAUUUAUUCACAACUUUAUAGCAAUAAUUGACUCCAAUUUAAUAGCAAUAUUCCAUCUUUGAUAUUCUAUGGACGGGGAACACUGCUGCUAGACAAUUCUGUUAUAACUGUACCGUAAGAAUCAAAUACACACAUACAUGAAUGGUAAUAAUGGUAAUCAAUUUAUUUUGCAAUGCGAGUCUCAUUCAUGGCCUAUGUUAAUCGGACUCUUCAUUUCAACUCAAGUACUUAUGUCGAACCCUCGACUCUGUGACGUGGAUAGGAGACUAUGAAACUUCAUUUUUGCUCAAAAUCAUGGAAACUUUUCACAAAAUAGCAUAGUCAGACACCCAGUCACGUUCCCAUGUCGCGCAAGAAUACCUGAGUCCUAGUAACAUAGCUCAUGGUGAUGAGUGGUGACCAUGGCAAUUGAGUAGAUAAAAAUAUGCGUAUUUGAGUUGAAAAUGCACUUUCACAGACAAAUUUAUGAGACUUCAUGGAACUUUACAGCUUUACUAAUUACUACAUAGCAACACAUAUAAACUCAUUCCCAAGUAUAUCUAUGAAACAAGAGCUCAGUCUUAAAACUGUUAUGAACUGAUUCAUUCAAUGGCUUCACACAAGCUUGUGUUUUCGACGACGACAACAACAACAACAAAAUAAAAUAAAAAAAAAAAAAAAAAAACAAAAAAUUAUAUGCCUAACAAGUUAAGUACCUAACACACGGAAUAAAUGACAAGAAUGAAGUGGGACUUCAAGAGAGAAAA